GAAGAACGCUAGAGCGCACAAUCUAGAAGUUCCGGCGGUUUUCGGAUCUGUGAGCGGUGUUCCGAUGAUUGCAGCUCGCCAGAAGCUCGAUAACCCCAUCAGGGACGCCAUCUCCAGAGCCCAAUUCGCUCCUCAGUCCAACAACCUCCUCGUCUCUUCUUGGGACUCUUGCCUCAGAUUGUUUGACGUGGAUGGUUCCGAGCUCAGAUUAGAAGCUCCCUGCGAAGCCGCUCUUCUCAGUUGUUGCUUCCAGGAAGAAUCUGUUGCUUUUGGCGUUGGCUCUGAUGGUUCUGUGAUAAGGUACAAUUUGCACACUGGAUCUCAGGACACGAUUGGAAGUCAUGCUGAUAUAGCAACCUGCAUUGAAUGCUCUGAUCAAACUCGUCAAGUGAUUACAGCUGGCUUAGACAAAAAACUAGUUUUUUGGGACACACGCAUGGAUAAUGUUAUUGCACAUUCAAUUAAUGUAAAUGGAGAGGUGGAGUCCCUCUCAGUCUCCGGGUGUAAUCUAAUGGUUGCAAUUGGAAAUUCGGCAUGUGUGUAUGAUUUGCGCAAUUUAAAAAGAUCACUUCAAUUGAAAGAAUCACCAGUUGAUGCUCGCAUAAGAUGCAUAAGCUCAAGUGUUUUUUUCAAAGGAUUUGCUGUUGGAUCAGUCGAUGGACGUGUAGCUGUUGAGAUUUCUUCGUCAUCCAAUUCAAAUGACAGCAGCUACACAUUCCGGUGCCAUCCGAAGGCAAAGAAUGGAAGAAAUCACUUGGUAUCGGUGAAUGACAUUGUAUUCAAUCCGCUGGGCUUAGGUUCUUUUGUGACUGGUGAUGAUGAAGGGUAUGUUGCUUUAUGGGACGCUCGCAAUAAGAGAAGACUAUUCGAGCUACCCAGAUUCGGAAAUAGCGUGGCGUCUCUGUCCUAUAGCCACGGGGCUCGUCUCUUGGCAGUUGCGUCAAGCUACACAUACCAAGAAGCUAAUGAAUUAGAGGAACUUCCUGAGAUACAUAUAUUCGAACUCAACGAGCUUCCCCCUGGAUCAGCUUCUGCUAGUAGUUCAGGCACCGAACUCUCUCUCUCUCUCUCUCUCUCUCUCUAUCUGUGUUGCGAUUCGUUUGACGAAGCCAUGUCCGACGAGGAGCACCACUUCGAGUCGAAGGCCGACGCCGGGGCUUCGAAGACUUACCCUCAGCAAGCCGGCACCAUCCGCAAAAAUGGCUACAUCGUCAUCAAAAACAGACCCUGCAAGGUUGUUGAGGUUUCUACCUCCAAAACUGGCAAGCAUGGCCAUGCUAAGUGUCAUUUUGUUGGAAUCGACAUCUUUAACGGCAAGAAGCUUGAAGAUAUAGUUCCAUCGUCUCACAACUGCGAUGUUCCCCAUGUCACUCGUACUGAUUACCAGCUGAUUGAUAUUUCUGAGGAUGGAUUUUUGAGUCUGCUGACUGAGAAUGGGAGUACGAAGGAUGACCUGAGGCUUCCAACCGAUGAAACUCUGCUUGCACAGAUCAAGGAUGGAUUUGGUGAAGGUAAAGAUCUGGUUGUCACUGCUAUGUCCUCCAUGGGAGAGGAGCAGAUCUGCGCUCUCAAAGACAUUGGUCCCAAGUGACUGUACCUUAGUAUAUUCAUAAUGCUCAGAGCUGAGGCGAUGAAGGUUUCAGCUUUGCUUUUAUGUUGGUUGGACAGACAACUGGGGGUUGAUAUCUCUGUUGAUGGGUUAAUGAGAUGUGACCCUACUUAUAAGAAGCGUUUUGGCAUUGAUUAUUUUGUUUAUGUGACACUCGUGUGUUCUCUGAAGAAUUAUGUGGAUCGUUGCCUGUCUUAUGGUGCAGAGAAUGUUAAAUAACUGGCUGGCAAAGGCUGUAUAGAAGCAUUUUUGCACCACAUUCCU